AUGUCUGAGGUUAAUGUGGGUAAGGACAGCAUAAUAAAAAUAAUUGAUCUUCUUAGAAGACAAUGUUUUAAAUAUUAUGUUAAAAACCCACUCGUCUUAGGCGGUGAUGAUAUAAUUAUUCAAAUAGAUGAAAGUUCAUUUAGACAUAAACAGAAAUACCAUUUUGGGGAAAAUCAGAGCAUGAAAUCCGGGUGUUUGAAUUAA